CUUGUCACCCUUCCCCAGGUCAACACGGAGCGAGUGGAGGUGAAAUCCCACGGCCUUAACCACGUAGAGGGCGGCUGGCCCAAAGACAUCAACCCCCAAGAUAUGGAACAAACCGGCCGCUUCCGCAAGAAAGUGGAGAAAGAAGAGAAAUACGUCAACACCAUCAUCCGCCUCGGCGCUCUGAUGGGGCACUGCGUCAUGCAGAACAACGCCAUCGACAUCUACGAGGAAUACUUUGGAGAGGAGGAGAUGGCAGAGGUGGAAGACGAGCCUCCCUCCGCAAAAACCAUCAACAUCAUCAGGGAUCCAAACAUCACCAAGAGGACGGCCACACAUCUCUCCUGGCACCCUGAUACCUGCAAGAAACUGGCAGUGGCUUACUCCAGCCUGGAGUUCCAGCACAACAUGAAAGACAUGAGCUUUGACUCGUUCAUCUGGGAUCUUGAAAAUCCCCACAAGCCAGAGCUCGUUCUCAAGCCAUCAUCCCCUCUCAUGACCCUGGAGUACAACCCCAAAGACUCACACAUCCUGGUGGGAGGAUGCUACAACGGGCAGAUAGCUUACUGGGACACCAGGAAAGGGGAGCUGCCUGUGGAGGUGUCCACCGUGGAGUUGGGCCACAGGGAUCCCGUGUACGGAACCAUCUGGCUGCAGUCCAAAACAGGCACUGAGUGCUUCUCCGCUUCCACCGACGGGCAGGUCCUUUGGUGGGACAUCAGGAAGCUGUCUGAGCCCACCGAGACCCUGGUCUUGGACAUCACAAGGAGAGGGCUCCUGAAGGAAGCUCUGGGUGCCGUCUCACUGGAGUUUGAGCCCACCAUGCCCACCAAGUUUAUGGUGGGCACAGAGCGGGGCAUCAUCAUCGCCUGCAACCGCAAGGCCAAGACACCAACCGAAAAAAUCACCAGCACCUACAGUGGCCACCACGGAGCUGUCUACGCCCUGGCCAGGAACCCUUUCUUCCCCCAAAUCUUCCUGACAGUUGGUGACCGGACUGCUCGGAUCUGGUCAGAGGAGAUCAAGGAAUCCUCAAUCAUGUUGACCAAGUACCACCUCUCCUACUUGACAGACGGGUGCUGGAGCACCGUGAAGCCGGCCGUGUUCUUCACCACCAGAUCAGACGGGACCCUCGAUGUCUGGGACUUCCUCAUCAAGCAGAAGGACCCUUCCCUCAGCCUCAAGAUCUGUGACGAGCCCCUCUUCAGCCUGCGUCUGCAGGACAACGGGUACAUCGUUGGCUGCGGCUCGAAGCUGGGCACUGUCACCUUGCUGGAAAUCUCCGGGCUCUGCACCCUCCAGAAGAACGAGAAGAACCUGGCCAACGCUAUGUUCGAGCGGGAGACGAGGCGGGAGAAGGUUCUGGAGGCUCGACACCGGGAAAUGCGGCUGAAGGAGCGCGCCAGGUCCGAGGCCCAGGAGACAGAGGAGGAGAAGAAGGCGGAGGAGAGUCCCCAGGAGGUGUUUGACCAAGUCCGCAGGGAAUACUUCGAAGUCAUCGAAUCAGAGCUGCAGAGGAGGGUGCAGGCAGAGACCCAGCACCUGCAUGACAAGGUUAAAGACCUCCUAGGAGAUGAAGUGGCUGCACGGGGGGAAGAGAACUGUGUGGUCCCAGACAAGGGCGAGGAGGAGGAGAAGGAGAAGGAGGAGAAGGAUGCUGCCAAG